UUUGGCUCUGGCUCGUGCAUCUCGGUUUGACUGGGAAGAAAAAUGGGUUCGCUAGUGCUUCCUGAGAAAUUUCAACAUAUUUUACGUGUCAUGGGCACGAACAUCGAUGGAAGGGUGAAAAUAAUGUUUGCCCUAACCGCAAUUAAGGGCUGCGGUCGUAGAUUUGCCAAUAUUGUUUGUAAGAAGGCUGGUGUUGAUAUCGAUAAGCGCGCUGGUGAACUAACUGAAGACGAAAUCGACAAAGUUAUAACUAUUAUGCAAAAUCCACGCCAAUACAAGAUUCCAGAUUGGUUUUUGAAUAGACAGAAAGAUAUAAAGGAUGGUAAAUUUUCUCAGGUCUUGUCGAACAAUCUGGAAACUAAACUCCGUGAAGAUCUGGAACGCCUGAAAAAAGUAAGAGCGCAUCGUGGUAUUCGCCAUUAUUGGGGCUUAAGGGUACGCGGCCAACAUACGAAGACUACAGGACGCAAAGGACGCACUGUCGGGGUAGCAAAGAAGAAGUAAUGUAGAGGAUGUCUGAGUCUGUAAAUUUUAAUCAAUAAAAACUGCUUAUAGGCAAUGCGAAG